AUGGACUUCAGACUCGCACUAGUCAUAACUGUCCUUUCAGCGCCAGUAUGUGUCGCCUUGUACAUACAGAUUCGCUCGUCCCUUGAGGACAUACAACAAACACCCGAAGAGCUUACCUUUACUCCUGCGAGAGCUGAACCCGCGGCGCAAGAGGGACAAAUAUUCUCCAAACCAGUUUACCCGAUUGACGCCUUCCCAGGAAGCAGGCAGGUCAGAACAGUAUAUGGAACGAUCCAUGUGUUCGAAUGGGGUCCUGAGGAUGGGGAGAAAGUCUUGCUCGUGCACGGCCUAGGUACACCCUGCAUAGCACUUGGCGACAUGGCGAAAGAGUUGGCUAGAAAAGGCUACAGGGUUAUGAUAUAUGGCAAGUUUCCUCUGUGCUUGGUGCAUGGGAUAACUCUGACUGACAUACUACUUGUAGAUCUGUUUGGUCGAGGCUAUUCCGAUGCACCAAAUGACUUAGUUUUUGAUGCAAGACUCUACACCACACAAAUUUUGCUUGUGCUCUGUUCCUCCCCGCUAUCCUGGACUGGAACCUCCGCCUUCCACAUCAUCGGCUUUUCCCUCGGUGGCUCGAUCGCCGUGGCUUUCGCCGCCUACCAUGCAACUAUGCUUCGUUCCAUAACCCUGGUUUGCCCAGGAGGACUCAUCCGCACGUCGCACAUGAGGCCUCUGGACCGAGUACUAUACUCAUCUGCCAUGAUUAUACCGGAGUGGCUACGCCUCAAACUCUUUCGUGCCAGUUUGGAGCCCAGGAACGGUGCUGCUUGUGCUGAUGUUCCUGGAGAAAAAGAGGACGAGGACGACUUGGCAUUUGAUGAUGUGCCCAUCGCGGAAGAUCGGCCACAUGUCACUGUCGGAGAUGUGAUUAGAUGGCAGCUAGGAGCCAAUGCUGGCUUUGUGCGGUCUUACCUGAGUACGCUCCGCAGUGCUCUAGUCUAUAGACGACAUGACAGAACGUGGAGAAUUUUGGCCGACGAGCUUGCCAGAAGAAGAACCGCAGACGCUCUACCGGGAUUGACGGGCGGAAAGGUCUGCCUUAUAGUGGCUGAAAGAGACGUCAUUGUUGUGGGAGAUGAAUGUGCCACUGACGCGGGUGAGAUACUUGGAACAGAAGCCGUGCAGACUCACGUCCUGGGCGGGGGGCACGAGAUUGCCAUCUCGAGAGCGAGAGAUGUGAGCUCAAUAGCCAUGGGAUUCUGGAAUAGACCAUAA